UAUGGAGAAGCUCCAGAGAUAAUUAAUUUGUGAAAGUGUUUUUGAGAGGGAGAAAGGGCGAUCGAUUAGGGUUUGUAUUCGUCGGAAUAUUCUAUACGAUCGGAGGUAUGAGCACGGUGGAGGCUGUGAUAACGUCAAUCCAGGGUCUAUCAGCGAGCUCCGGGGAUCUAUAUGCACUUCACGAUGUUUUGAAAGGAGCUGUGGACUCGCUCCGAACCGACUCGGAGCUUCAGCUCUCUACUCUUGACCAGCUCGAUCCCUCGAAGCAUUCUCUCGGCUACCUCUAUCUCCUCGACGUUCUUACGUAUGGUCCAGUGUCGAAGGAGAAAGUCUUGUUAAUUGCUCGGUUCAUCAACGCUUGCGAUGCUGUGCAGAUUCGUUUAGCGAGCGAGAAAUUUGUUUCUCUUUGUAAGAGAUUCAAAGACAAAGUUUUGGAGCUCAGAGAUCCUUUACUAGGUGUGGCGCCACUGUUGGCAGCUGUUCGUAAGGUUCAGGUCUCUACCAAACGUUUGACUGCGUUGCAUCCGGAUUGUCUUCAGCUGUGUUUGCUGGCUAAGUGCUAUAAAGCUGGUUUCUCCGUUCUUAGUGAUGAUAUCUUGGAGGUUGACCAGCCAAGGGAAUUUUAUCUCUAUUGCUAUUAUGGGGGAAUGAUAUGCAUUGGGUUGAAGAGAUUCCAGAAAGCAUUGGAGCUUCUUUACAAUGUUGUCACUGCUCCAAUGCAUAUUGUCAAUGCCAUAGCUCUUGAGGCGUACAAAAAGUACAUACUGGUGACUCUCAUUCACUCUGGACAGUUUAGCAUCAGUCUCCCCAAGUGCGCUUCUACAACAGCUAAGAGUAGCUUCAAAACCUGGUGUACACCUUACAUUGAGGUGGGUAUGCGUUACAACGACGGGAAAAUCAGUGAACUAGAGGCAGUGGUUGUGGCCAACAGCUCAGAUUUUGAAAAGGACAAUAACCUUGGAUUAGUUAAGCAAGCAGUUGCAUCUCUUUACAAGCGGAACAUUCUGAGAUUGACUCAGAAGUACUUGACCUUGUCGCUUCAAGAUAUAGCCAACAUGGUCCAGCUUGCCAAUGCUAAGGAGGCGGAAAUGCGUGUGCUCCAGAUGAUCCAGGAUGGUCAGAUACAUGCCCUUAUCAACCAGAAAGAUGGAAUGGUCAGAUUCUUGGAGGACCCUGAGCAGUACAAAACCAGUGAGAUGAUAGAGAUAAUGGAUUCUGUCAUUCAAAGGACGAUUGGGCUGUCGAAGAAUCUCAUAGCCAUGGAUGAGAGCUUGUCAUGUGAUCCUUUAUACUUGGGAAAGGUUGGAAGGGAAAGGCAAAGGUAUGACUUUGGGGAAGAUUUUGAUACAGUCCCUCAGAAGUUCUCCAUGUAAACCUGAAGGAACUAAACUUGGCUCAGAGAGAACCGUAGUUGUGAAUCUGGACAACGUUUCUUUGUUCUUUUGUGUUGGUUAUGAAGUUUAAUAUUAUUUUUUUCUCACAAUGGCCAACAAGUAGAGAACAUUUUGAACCGCUGUUAAUCUUUUAUCGUUACUUAAAAAUGCGAUUAGUUGUCUCU